AUGAACACCAUCAAGAACGUCCCGGCCCGCGUGCUGAGCCGCCGCGGCGGGCACAGCCUGGAGGCGGAGCGGGAGCAGUUCGACAAGAACCAGGCGAUAAGCAUCAGCAAAGCCAUCAACACGUUGGAAGUCCCUGUGAAGGAGAAGCACGCUCGGAGGAUUAUUCUAGGGACCCAUCACGAGAAAGGUGCAUUUACUUUCUGGUCGUAUGCCAUUGGUCUCCCCCUGCCCAGCAGUGCCAUCCUGAGCUGGAAGUUCUGCCAUGUGCUCCACAAGGUCCUCCGAGAUGGUCAUCCAAACGUUCUCCAGGAUUGUCAGCGAUAUCGAAGUAACAUUCGAGAAACGGGAGAUCUUUGGGGCCACCUGCACGACCGUUACGGCCAGUUGGUGAAUAUUUACACCAAGCUUUUGCUGAUCAAAAUCUCCUUCCACGUAAAGCAUCCACAGUUCCCUCCUAACCUUGAAGUCACUGACGAGGUCCUGGAAAAGGCUGCGGGAACAGAUGUGAAUAACAUCUUCCAGCUCACCGUUGAGAUGUUUGACUACAUGGAUUGCGAACUCAAGUUAGCAGAAUCAGUCUUCAGGCAGCUCAACACCUCUAUGGCCAUCUCCCAGAUGUCGGCCGUUCAGUGCCGGUUGGCUCCCCUCAUCCAGGUGAUCCAAGAUUGCAGCCACCUGUAUCAUUACACCGUGAAGCUGAUGUUCAACCUCCAUUCGUGUUUGCCAGCCGACACGUUGCAAGGUCACCGAGACAGGUUCCACGAACAGUUUCGCAGCCUCAAGAACUUUUUCAAAAGAGCCUCGGACAUGCUGUAUUUCAAGCGUCUCAUCCAGAUUCCACGGCUGCCUGAGAACCCCCCAAAUUUCCUGAGGGCGUCCGCCCUGGCUGAACAUGUCAAGCCGGUGGUGGUAAUUCCAGAAGAAGCCCCCGAAGACGAGGAGGCGGAAAACCUGAUUGAGAUCAGCUCAGCUCCAUCCGUAGAGCAGCAGAAUGUGCCAGAUAUAUUUGAGCAGACUUUCGGGCCGCCCAACGGACUAAAAGAUGACAGAGAUCUGCAAAUCGAAAAUCUGAAGAAAGAAAUUGAACUGCUUCAGACAGAACUAGAGAAGAUUAAGCUGGAGGCUCAAAGGUACAUCACCCAGCUGAAGGCUCAGGUGAACAGUCUGGAUGCCGAGGUGGAAGACCAGAGGAAGCAGAAGCAGAAAGCCUUGGUGGACAACGAACAGCUCCGGGAUGAACUGGAGAAGCUGCAGAAAGCAAAAUUUGAAGGAGAUAAGAACCAUGGACUCUACUUGGAAGCAGAAAAGAAAGCCAGCACCACCGAAAUCCGCUAUACCAAGCUGAAGGAGAAGCACAACGAGUUAAUCAACACUCACGCGGAGCUUUUGAGAAAGAACGCAGAUACUGCCAAGCAGCUGACCGUCACCCAACAGAGCCAGGAAGAGGUGGCCCGGGUCAAGGAACAGCUGGCUUUCCAGAUGGAGCAAGUCAAGCGAGAGUCAGAAAUGAAGUUAGAAGAUCAGAUACUUCAGGUGGAACAGAUGAAGACAGAGCUGGACUCCAAAGCAGACGAACUGACUCAGCUCCAGCAGUCGCUCAGCCAUUCUAAGCAGGUUGGUUCGGACCUCAACAGCCAGUUGGACGCCCUUCAAGCCGAAAAGGAGGCCCUGAGGAAAUCGGUCAACGAGAAGGAAUGUGAGCUCAUCUCAACUAAGGGCCUGAUUCAAGAGAAGGAGCUGCUGUUGAGCCAGGAAGCCGAGAAGAGGACGAAGGAAGUGCAGGAACUCCAGGAAAAGUUGGUAGAAAAAAGAAGUCACGAACAGAACCUGCAGCAGAAGCUCUUGGACGACCAGUUCCGAAUCUUGCAAGGGACAAUCAAGGAAGCCGAGAGCAUCAUCCAGGAUGCCGUGGCCAAGUUGGACGACCCCCUGCAUAUCCGGUGCACCAGUUCUCCAGAUUAUCUCGUCAGCCGCACCCAGGCAGCUCUGGAAUCGGUGAAUGCCCUGGAGAAGGGACACAAGCAUUAUCUAGGCAACAUGGCCGAUGCCUCUGGACUGGUUGCUGCGUUGGCUCAGUUUGCCCAUCUCACGGCAGACGCCAUCGUGAACGGCAGCGCCACAUCCCAUCUUGCUCCGACGGAUCACGCUGACAAAUUGACAGAAUCCUGCAGAGACUGUGGGCAACACAGCCUGGACUACCUGAACAAACUCAAAGAUAAACAGUCUCUCCGAGAAGCAGAUGCUGCAGACCUGAGGACAACUCUGCAGAGGCUAUUCCAGCUAGGACAGGAACUGAGACCCAAAAGUUUGGACAUCCGGGAAGAAGAACUGGGUGACUUGGUUGACAAAGAGAUGGCCACCACUUCUGCAGCAGUUGAAGAUGCAGUCAGAAGAAUAGAGGAAAUGAUGAAUCAAGCCAGAGUAAAAAGCUCUGGAGUGAAACUAGAAGUUAACGAAAGAAUCCUGAAUUCCUGCACAGAUUUAAUGAAGGCUAUCCGGCAGCUUGUAUUGACCUCCACAUAUUUGCAGAAGGAGAUUGUGGAAGGCGGAAGGGGGGCAGCAACACCCCAGGAAUUUUACGCCAAGAACUCCUGUUGGACGGAAGGGCUGAUCUCGGCAUCCAAAGCUGUGGGAUGGGGAGCAACUCAGCUCGUAGAAUCUGCUGAUAAAGUCGUCUUGCACACCGGCAAGUACGAGGAGCUGAUUGUCUGUUCGCACGAGAUUGCAGCUAGCACAGCUCAGCUCGUAGCCGCCUCCAAGGUCAAAGCGGAGAAGCACAGCAGGAACCUCAGCAAACUCCAGGAAUGCUCGCGUACCGUCAACGAGAUGGCAGCUAAUGUCAUGGCGUCUACCAAGUCCGGUCAAGAGCAGGUAGAAGAGAAAGACACCAUGGACUUCUCCGGGAUGUCCUUGAUCAAACUCAAGAAAGAGGAGAUGGAGACCCAGGUGAAGGUUCUAGAAUUGGAAAAGACACUGGAAAACGAGAGGCUGCGUCUUGGGGAGCUGAGGCGGCAGCAUUAUGCCUUGGCUGGUCUUUACACCGAGAACGUGGAUGGAAAGAAGCCCACGAUCGCUCGUAAGCCAGCAUCCUUGCAGAGGCCUGCCAUGGCACAGAAACCAGGUCCAAGCAAGUCGGACUGUGAGUUGGCACAGGAUGGCAUCUACCAAGCCCACGUGGUUAACUUCUAGGGCAAAGCCAGCCAGCAGCUGAGCAGAGUAGAAGCCAGGGCCAGGAAAACUGGGGGUCCAGCUUCUAAUUCUGCCCACCCUUGAGGAAUUCAGUUCUUGGAUCUGCUGGUUUUUCACCGGUACCCUCAAAACAUCAUAGGUUUUUGAUGGAGGACUAAGAUGUCAGCACCCUUCAGUCUUUGUACGGCAUUGAGACAUUCCGAACCCUUUAAACAUCUGUGUUUUAAACAGAUACCAACUGGAUCACCCUUGCCUUCCAGCACCAAUUCUGAAAGGUCUCUUCUGCCCACUGCCAUCUAGGAGAAGGCAGAUCCCAUACAGGAAAAGGAAUUAAGUGCUCGCUGAUAAUUAUUUAUAAGCAAUAGGAAUCAUUUGGGAAAUUUCGAGUAAAUAUUGGUGUAUCUAUUAUUCUACCAAGAUGUUUUAAAAAGAAAUGUGAAUUUCUGUGGCUACUGUCGUCGGUUGUCUAGAUGGUCCUUUGUAGUAUUUUAUGCUGAGAUCUGAAGCAUAUAAAAAGGGAGGGGGAUGGAAUUAGAGAUUGCAUAGUACAUAUUUAAGGACUGAAUUUAUACAGAGGAGGAAAAAAAACAAACCCUCAGUGGUUUUCAAAUCCCUUCAGCCAGUGCUUCCCAAACCUGGGUGAAAUUACCCCAAAUUAGCUAAAAGUAGUUUUGUUUUCUUUGGGUAACGACACACAUUCCCCAUCACAACAGGGAGAUUUAAAUUGAGUUAAAAGGUUGCCCAGUGGGCUUAAAAGUCUCCCAAAGUAUUCCUGACAAAAUGAAAAUCAAGGAAAUGACCAAUUGGUUGAAAUGACCAAUAUCGGUCUGUAUUCUUUUUUAUAAUACAGGUAGUUCUCGGGUUUGUGCCCAAUCGUUCAGCCACCGUCCCAAGUUACGACGGAGCUAAAGGAAGGGAACGAAUUUGCAUAAGAUUUUCUGAUAAGCGGUUUUUUUGGGGGGGGAAGGGGUAAUGAAGGAAAAAGGUUGGGAAGCACUGCCUUAAACUCUCGCUUAGGAAUACCGUGCAAAAAAGAAAGCCACCCCACUUAUUUCAGUAACUGAAAUUUAGAGGGGGGGGGCUUCUUUGCAAAGGAAAGAGACUCAGAUAUGGGAACUGUUCUUAACCAAAUCUUUACAAUUAAAACAUUUUCGCUUAUUAAAAUGAUUUAGCUGA